AUGGCCACAUCGAAAACCACCAAUACCUACAACAGACAAAACUGGGAGGAUGCUGAUUUUCCAGUUUUAUGUCAAACAUGUUUGGGCGACAAUCCCUACAUUCGAAUGACCAAAGAAAAGUAUGGCAAAGAAUGCAAAAUCUGCUCCAGACCUUUCACAGUAUUCAGAUGGUGUCCGGGUGCCAAAAUGCGUUUCAAGAAAACAGAGGUUUGCCAGACUUGUAGCAAACUAAAAAACGUAUGCCAAACCUGCUUGCUAGAUCUAGAGUAUGGCUUACCAAUACAAGUCAGAGAUGCUGCUUUAAAGCUUAAAGAUGACUUACCAAAAAGUGAUGUCAAUAAGGAAUUCUACAUACAAAACAUGGAAAGAGAUCUUGCUAGACAAGAUCCAGGUUCUUUGAAUGCCAAAUUGAAUGAGCCCAAUGAUCUUUUAAUAAGACUGGCAAGAACAGCGCCUUAUUAUAAAAGGAAUCGUCCCCAUGUUUGCUCAUUUUGGGUCAAAGGUGAAUGCAGAAGAGGAGAAGAGUGCCCUUACCGACAUGAAAAACCAACAGAUCCUGAUGAUCCUUUAGCAGAUCAAAAUAUUAGAGAUCGUUACUAUGGUGUUAAUGAUCCUGUUGCUGACAAAUUACUCAAACGAGCUGCAGCAAUGCCAACUCUAGAAGCACCAGAUGACAAAACUAUUACUACCUUGUAUUUGGGUAAUUUGGGUACUUUAACCGAAAGUGACAUCAGGGAUCAUUUUUACCAGUAUGGGGAAAUUAGAACAGUCAGCUUAGUGCCCAAGCAACAAUGUGCUUUUGUCCAAUUCACUACCAGAGCUGCUGCUGAAAUCGCAUCUGAAAAAACCUUCAACAAGCUCAUUUUAGGUGGAAGAAGGUUAACCAUUAAAUGGGGCCGCUCUCAAGGUCGUACUGGACACGUACACCAACAAGUUGAAGAACUUUAUCCCGCAGUCCCAGGCCUGCCAGGUGCGCUUCCAGAACUCAGCAACAACUUCUUCAAUUUAGAACCUGGUCAUAUUCCAUUGCCAACCAUGCCUCCACCACCUUCUCUGAUGGUGCCUCCCAUGUUUGGCGCUCCCCCUUUACCACCAUUCUUUUUCAAUCACGGUCCACCACAAUUGCCACCGUUUACACCUCCUAGUACUAGUACGAGUACUGCGGCAGCUGGGGCACAAUUAGGGGAUGUGACGGUGCCACCUCCAAAAGCCACAGUGCACUAUCCUAGUCAGGAUCCUGCUAGAAUGGGUGCCACGCAAAAUACUGGACAAACUCAAGAGUGA